AUGCAGGCUGAGGAACACGGUUGUCGGCAAGUUACUGAUUUGGUGAAAUCACCCGGGACAUUCCGGGUACUUGUUGCUGUGACCGGAAGCGUCGCAUCAUUGAAGCUGCCUCUGUUGGUCUCCCAGCUUCUCCAGCUCUCUGGGGUGGAAGUAAGAGUCGUCACAACGGAGCAUGCCAAGCACUUCUUCAACCCUGCAGACAUUUCUGUAAAAAUCUACAGCGACAAGGAUGAGUGGGAGCUGUGGACACAGAGAUCUGACCCUGUGCUCCACAUUGAGCUCAGGCGCUGGGCAGACCUUCUUCUCAUUGCUCCCCUGGAUGCUAACACUCUUGGAAAGAUUGCUAAUGGCAUUUGUGAUAAUCUGCUGACGUGUGUGGUGAGAGCCUGGGAUACCACUCGACCUCUCCUCUUCUGCACUGCAAUGAAUACAGCUAUGUGGCAGCAUCCCAUUACAGCCCAGCAGGUAUCCAGGCUGAAAGAGUUUGGAUAUGUGGAAAUCCCCUGCAUAUUUAAGAAGUUAGUGUGUGGGUAUGAAGGUAAAGGCGGCAUGGCAGAGGUGUCGACUAUUGUCGAUGUUGUGAAGCAGUAUCUUCAGAGAACAGCAAGGCCCUGCAUAAGCCGCACAUCCCUGAAGAAGAAGGACGAGGUCAUCCCGUCGAGGCAGCACGAAAAAAUCCGCUCAUCUUCAGCCCUGCGCGACGCCCGCUGCUCCAGGCGGAACAGCGGGAGCUCGCCUAAGAGACUACGAGCUUGUUCACUGGACUUCCGGGAUAUCCGCGCGGAACGCGCAUGCACCCCAUGA